UUUUUUCAUUUUCACCCUACGCAACGGCGCCGGGUUCUUCACUUCCCGAAGCUCUUGACGGAUGUUCUGAGGAGCGUGGGAGUGGAACGCGGGUGCGACGAUGGUCGCGCCAUUCCCCGGAGGCCUUCGUACAGCCAAGCCAUGUUCCAGUAGCUGGUCAAGCUGCCCCGCCGCGCCCGAGGGAGGAGAAGGCUCUGGGCAAGUUCUUGUGCCCGACAAGGCCGCCCCUGUCCAUCUUGGCCAAGCAGAGGGGGCGGUCGUUCAUCGCCCGAGCUUCUUGGCCGACGGGAGAGUUCCGCUGUCCUUCUCAGCGAAGGAGAUUCCGAGGUGAAGUUCGGAGGCGAAGUCCUGGUAAUGAUCAAGAAAUGGCUGCGGAAUUCGCCACCCCCGCCGCUGGUAAGGGUGUUCUCAGUCCACAACGAAGCGGAUGCAUCUCUUCCGAUCGGGGGGCAAUGCGGAAUCGUAGUCCGGCUAGGGUUAUGCUUAUGCAACGAAGAAUCCGAGUCCUACUUCCAGUCGCCUCGCUUCGACCGGUCCUGCUGGCUUUAUAUUGGUCCGAGGAGAGCCAGAAUUAAUCGGUUCAUCUUUUCUUGUGGAUCGCAUCUCCAAAUGAAGCUGUAGGCGUUCAGAAUCAAAAUGGAAGACAAUUUAAUGCGCAGAAGGAAAAGACAGAGGCACUGCUAUGAAAAGUCCAUCUUCAGACAAAGGAAUGCAAAAGUUCAGUUUUCAGAAAUUCCAGAGGAUGUGUUAGGGACAAUUUUAUCAAAACUGCCACAAAAGGAAAUUGUAAGAACUAGUGUUAAAUGGAAACACAUCUGGAAAGUUUGCCCCAAACUCAGAUUUGAUGGUAGCACAAUGUGUGUUGAAGAUGUGGCUGGAACACAGCACUAUACUCAGGAAGUUUAUUGACAUUGUCAAUGGAGUCUUGAAACAGUACAGUGGCAAGGUGGUUGAAGAGCUUGACGUUAAGUUUGAAUUUGACGCCACACUAGCUGAACAUCUCGAUGAUUGGGUUAACUUUGCUUUAUCAUCACGAGCAAAGAAUCUAGCUCUUGACUUACUCCCGGCCAAGUUUGGGCUCCAUCCUGAUCGGUACAGAUUUCCUCUAGAGUUAUUUGAUGGCGGAAGCAUAUUCCGUCUACAACAUCUGCAGCUUAGCUUUGUGUCUUUAGAAUCACCUUCCAACUUCUGUGGUUUUCCCAACCUAAAGAAGCUUGAUCUGCAUGUGCUGCAUGUCACUCGUGUGGACCUUCAAGAUAUGUUGUCAAACUGCUUUAAUCUUGAAUGGCUGAGUAUAGUUAGAUGCCAUUUAGAUAAUGCUGAACUGAAGGUGGUUCGUCCGUUGCCCCAUCUGCUAUACUCGCAUGUCGCGUACUGUGAUAUAAACGGGAUAGAAUUCAGUGUCGUGAAUCUGCAGACUUUUGUAUACAGGGGGCGCUGGAUUCCUUUUCACCUCGGUCAUGCUUUGGCGGUGAAAGAUGCUAGGGUCAAUUUUAUUGGCAAGAUGACUCUUGAGUUUGCACUGAAUGCGCUUCCCAACUUGCUUCCAGGCGUGCAGAAUCUAAUUUUGCAUUCAUCCUUGCCACUUAAGACACCCCGUCUACAAGGAAAUUGUUCCAAGUUUUGUCAGCUGAAGUUUUUUGUGCUGGUUGAAGAUCUCAGUAACCUUUUGUGGUUGGCUUCAUUCUUGAGAGCUGCUCCUUUCAUCGAAAAAUUAGAUAUACAUUUUUCAAUCUGUGCCUUCCCGCAUUGCCCAGAGCUUAUCAGGAGUCUUCCAAUAUCUAAAGAACCUGACCAUCACAGGAUUUGCAGGGUGCAUGGGUCAAGUUGAAUUGUUGACGCACAUUGUAGAAAAUGCCUCUAACCUGGAGGCUUUGACUAUCGAUCGAGUUACUCACUUUGGUAUUGACGAAGAGUACGAAAGGCGAUCAAGAUCCAAGGCACUGGAGAUUGA